AUGUUUUUUAUCCAAUUAAAAAACGCUUUAAAAUCGCCUGCGAUAAAUAAAAACAGGUUAAAUAGAAUAUUUGUAAGGAAUUAUGAAAUACCGAAGCACUUACAAGCGGUCAUGGAAGAUCCAAAUCCCAGUUUUUAUCGGAUGGUCGAGUACUUCUAUCAUUUUGCCGUAAAAGUUGUUGAGCCGGCUCUAUUCGAAUAUCUAAAAAAACAUGCUCAUUUCUCCGAGAAGAAGAGGAAACAGAGGGUUGCGGGUAUUUUAAAGGUCAUGGGUUCUUGUAAUAGUUCCCUCCAGUUCGAAUUUCCGCUUCAGCGUAAAAAUGGUGAUUACGAGAUCGUGCAAGGGUAUCGUUCGCAACAUAGCGUCCAUCGCCUACCCUGCAAAGGAGGUAUCAGAUUUUCGGACCAAGUUGACUUAGAGGAAGUUAAGGCUCUCGCUGCUCUGAUGACGUACAAGUGCGCCUGCUCCAACAUCCCGUUUGGUGGAGCUAAAGGAGGAGUUGCAAUUGAUCCGAAGAAGUAUACAGUAGCCGAGUUACAGAGAAUCACUCGCCGGUAUACUCUGGAGUUAGCCAAGAAAAAUUAUAUUGGCGCGGGUAUAGACGUCCCGGCACCAGACGUGAAUACGUCUGGCAGAGAAAUGUCAUGGAUUGUUGACACCUACAUCAAGACUUUGGGUUUCCACGACUUGAAUGCCGCGGCUUGUGUGACUGGUAAGCCUAUCAAUGGCGGAGGGAUUCACGGCCGCGUGGAAGCAACUGGUCGUGGAGUGUUUCUUUGCACCACCAUAUUCAUCCAGGACCCUGAGUGGAUGAAGCUCAUUGGUUUGGAGCCUGGGUAUAAGAACAAAACGGCCAUAAUUCAGGGAUAUGGUAAUGUGGGCAGUUAUGCUGCUAUGUAUCUUGAAGAACAGGGAGUGAAAGUCACAGGAGUCCUCGAAUAUGAUUGUAAUUUGAAAAACGAAAAUGGUAUCAAUACAAAGGAGCUCCAUGCGUACAAAACAAAGAAUAGGGGAAGCGCUAAAGGCUUUUCUGGCGCAACGGAAUGCGGACCUGAAUUGCUUUUUGAAAAGACUGAUAUUUUAGUGGUGGCCGCUAUGGAGAAAGCCAUAACAGUGAAGAAUGCUGACAAGCUGAAUUGUAAAAUAUUAAGCGAGGGAGCAAAUGGUCCAACGACGCCUGCUGCUGACGUAAUUCUUCGAAAGAAAAACAUCUUGGUUCUGCCGGACUUGCUGGCCAAUGCUGGUGGUGUCUGCGUGUCUUACUUUGAAUUCCUCAAAAAUCUAAACCACGUCAGCUUCGGCAAACUGAGCAUAAAGUUUUGGAGGGACUCAAAUACUGCUUUGCUAGAUUCUGUUGAGCAGUCGCUGAAGAAUAGUAAUAUCAGUGCUAAAAUUGAGCCAACGAAAACCUUUGCGUCCAUGAUUGCCGGCGCUUCGGAGGAACAGAUUGUCAACUCUGGCUUGGAAUACACAAUGGAGAACGCUUGCCGCAAUGUAAAAAGAACAGCUCUAAAACACAAUCUGGGGCUUGACGUGAGGACCGCGGCUUACAUCACGUCGAUUGAGAAGAUCUUCGUCACUUAUGAUGAACACGGCUUAGCAUUAUAA